UGGAACCCGUGCUCUCUGCUCACCGGUCAGAAGUCAUAGGCUGUACUGUAGUCUACUGUAGUGUGCCGAUACUUUUGUUUUGUUUGCAGUGAGCACGACAGUUCAGUAGAAAUGUCUAUCGACAUAGGGAUGCGGGAUGUGUUUGACUUUUUGUUAAGUCACCCAUCGAUCUUGAUAGUUGGUUUCUUGCUGUACGUAUUUGUUUUCUUUCUAUCUGUGUUUUUUCGUGGACAAAAAGCCGGGAAGAAUCCUUUCGCAACAGACUAUCGACGACCCCCGGAGCCAUUUGUUCACGACACCAAGGCUCGUGAUGCUGUGCUCAAGCAGAAAUUCAAGACAAGCAAAGUGCCAGAGAAGCUGGACGCUAUCGUGAUCGGCAGCGGUAUCGGCGGGCUGACCACAGGCGUGUUGUUGUCCCGAGUGGGGAAGAAGGUGCUGGUGCUGGAGCAGCAUGACCAGGCCGGGGGAUGUUGUCACUCCUUUGUGGAGAAAGGUUUUGAGUUUGACACAGGCAUUCACUACAUUGGUAAUGUCCAUGAGGGCUCGGACAACAAAUCACUGCUGGAUCAACUGACCGGCGGUCAGCUGCGAUGGAACAAGAUGGAUGACGCAUUUGACACUGUGGCAAUCGGGCCGCCCAGCAAGGCCAAGAUGUACAAGAUGGUGUCCGGCAAAGAACGCUACAUCCAGAAUCUGAAAGACAUGUUCCCCAAGGACACAGAGGCCAUUGACCAAUACAUAAAUCUUAUCUAUGAUGCCAGCAAGUCUUUUCUGGGUAUUGUGAUGCUGAAGGCCAUGCCGAAGCUUUUGGUUCGUUUCCUGGUGAUGAGCGGCCUGUACAAGCUGGUGUUUGCGUGCUGGCGCAAGGGCUACACCGAGAAGACGCUACAGGAAGUGCUGGACGGGCUGACCAGCAAUAAAGAGCUCAAGGUCGUCCUCUCCUACAUCUGUGGAGAUUAUGGCGUGGUCCCAAAAGACGUCCCCUUCCUCAUGCACUCGGUGCUGAUCACACACUACAUAAGCGGUGCCUACUACCCAGUGGCUGGCACGUCCGAGAUUGCCUUCUACAUGUGUGACGUCAUCCAGAAACACGGCGGCCGCGUUCUCGUGCAGGCACCUGUCACCAACAUCCUCUGUAACGACAAGGGGAGAGCAGUAGGUGUAAGGGUGGGCGGUAAGUCGGAGGUUGAUCUGCACGCCAGAUACAUCAUCUCAGAUGCAGGCGCUGUGAACACCUUCAAGACGCUGCUGCCCCAAGAAAUUGCUCAGAAGUCAUGUAUCUACCCACUCAUUGAGAAGAUUGGUCCUAGCUUCUCCUUUAUCACGGCAUUCAUGGGUGUAGAAGGAACCUCCAAAGAGUUGAAUCUGCCUGCUGGAAACUACUGGCUCUAUAACACUCUGGACAUCAACAAGACUUUGUCAGAGUUUCUGUCACUCAAGGCCGAGGAUUUGGAGGACGCAGAGAUUCCCUUUGGCUACAUCUCCGUGCCGUCUGCCAAAGACCCCGAGUACGAGGCCAAAUACCCAGGCAAGUCGUCAGUCUUAGUCAUCACCUUGGCCAACUGGGAGUGGUUCAAGGAGUGGAAGGACGAGAAACUGCGCCACCGUGGGGAGCGUUAUGAAGGUAUCAAAGAUGUGAUUGGUCGACGCUUGUGGCAACAGUGUGUGGACAUUUUCCCCCAGCUGGAAGGAAAGCGUGUCUACAUGGAGGUGGGUACCCCAGUGACCAACAGCCACUACCUCGCUUGCCCUGAGGGUGAGAUGUACGGACUUGACCAGGGCAAAGCUCGUUUUACCGCCGACGUGGCCAGCAAACUGAGGCCGGACACAGACAUUCCUGGACUCUACCUCACAGGCCAAGACACCAUGACCUGCGGCUUCUCCUCUGCCCUGAUGAUGGGCCUGAUCUGUGCCUCACAGAUCCUCCACAGGAACCUCUACAAUGACUUGCAGAACAUGAAGAAGAAGCUCUACCCACGCACGCCCAGCACCAAGACUGACCAGAUGAAGAAGAAUGAGUGAAACGUGGGUUGAGGGGAGGAGAUUUUGUCCUUCUAGUGUUUGCACAUUUCUUUGUGUGUGUGUAUGUGUGUGUGUGUGUGUGUGUGUGUGUGUGUGUGUGUGUGUGUGUUGGGGGAGAGUGAGAGUGGGAAGUGCUUUGUUGCCCUUGACAACCGAUAUAUUUUUAAACUUUCACUCGAAAGGUUGUAGGGAGGCUUGUUUGUAUGGAGAAGAAAGUAUGUGUUUGCCCAUUUCUUUGUGUCUGUGUGUGCAUGUGCAUGUCUGUGUGUGUGUGCAUGCAUUCGUGUGUGUGUUUGUGUGUUUUUGUUGGGGGGUUUUUGGGAGGGGGUAUGCUUUGUUGGUAUUUUUGUACCCUUGACAAGCAAUAAAUGUUCAAACCUUCACUAAAAAGGUUGUAGAUUCAAUUCCCACCUUACUGAAAAGGAAGCUGUGUUUUUGGGACAGGUAGAUAACUUUUUCACCUCAGUUCGCUGAGUUGCUAAUCGGCAUUUUACGUUGUAGUCACUAAACACGGAAAAAAAUUUUGAAAUCAGUAUGCACUUAACGAGCUGCAAUACUGUGUGAUUUGCUGAUCUGGGGAGACGUUGUGCAGCUGUGUGAGCCUUCGAUCUGAAAGAAAUCAGCCCUUUUUUUUUGGGGGGGGGGGGUGUUAUUUUUUUAUUGAACUUCCAUUGUUACCUUUGGUUGACAUGUAGACUCAAGUCAAAUUAUAAACUUUGUUGAAUAAAAGUUUGAGCUGUGAGCUGAAUGAGCUUUGUGAUUAAAUUAAGUUUAUUAAGUAAGUGUGAUAUUCCUUCACUCUGAAAAUGUUCCUUCAAUUUUUAGAAUUAAUUCUUCUCAUCUUAUCCCAAUUUUUAGAGGCAUGUUUUUGUGGGGGGGGGAUGUUCAGUUAUGACCUAUGUCACACUGUCACACCCUCAAUAUGGACACAUGUCCUCAUGAUUCUGAUAUUGUGGAAAUAAUAUUACAAAGAUUUCAUAGAAAUGUCUCAAGAACUUUGGUUUCAAACUGAAAAUACCAGGAGGUUGAGAAUGGGUGAACCUGGGCAGCAUCAACUGUUCAAAAAUAAAAAGAGAGAAAGGUUUCAUGUAUUUAAAGAAAAAGUGCAACUAAUCUGAUCUUCUUUAAUCUGUUUUGGUCGCAAUUCAGGACCUGGACGGUUUUUCAGAACAUAAGCUUCUUUUACCUACACCUUGCUGCCAGAGACCUGGUAGCAUUUCCUCUGACAUAGCUCAGCCACAUUGGGCUCGAGGGAGAAAGCAAGUGAGACCCUUAGUAUGGCCUGGAGAUGCUCAGCAAAAACUUUAGAUCUGUGCUUUGAUAACACAAAAGUAUAUGGUGGAGAAGAGCUUUUCCCUCAGAUGUGUGCUACCAGUAAAAAGUAACAAAGUGAGUGUGAGAAAAACGUGGGGGCAACACUACUAAAGUUUUAAAUAUGUGUGUUGAUAAAGGUAGGGUACUGCCAGCAAAGAAAAAAAGGAAAGAGGGAAAGUCAGCGGAGAGGAUUUAUGUAACAUCCCAAAAUCCCUUCUCGUUUACCAGUUCUACUGGGAUUUUUUUAUCGUGUUAAGUUAAGAGAAGUGGCAAUGCAUAAAAUAAAAAGGGAGUAAACUAGGAUUUAACUUCCUUUCAAGUAACAGGAGUUUUGUGAUAAACUAACUACUUUGUCAUAAACAAAGCCUGUUGUAUUCAUUUUUCCUAUACAAAUCUUUAUGGGCAUUGUCAAGUAUGAUUUAUGAUAAGUACUUCAAAUCCUCUUUUUUUUUUCCAUUCUACUAAACCUUAUGUCACCUAUUCACUCAUCAAUGAUAAGUUUUCAAAAGUUUUUGGUGGGCAUAUCAUACAUUUUUAUCUUUAACUUCAUGGCAGACACAUGCUUGUGAUCAGAUUUGCAUAUGUAUAUUGUCUUAUACUAGUUAUACUUAUACACAAUGAAAUGUAACCUAACUGAUUGAAUGCUGACCCACCCUGAGACCUAUCCUGAAAACUCCAUGCAUGUUGAUCUUUACUUAGAUGUUUUGGGGAGUGUUUUUUUUUAAAUGAAUCAUUACCCCAGUUGUGUAAGGCUUGCACAGAGGUCGCUGAGCAGGAUAAAGGUAAUCCUUUAGUAUGGGGCUCAGUGACCAAAAUGGUAUGGGAUUCUUUUUACUUUUAUACACGAUGUAGUAUACUUUUCUCUCCUUCUGUGGGCUAUCAGUUUGCUCUCGUCUAUACAAAAAGUAUAUAAAAGGCUUAAUCCAUUUUGACUUUUCCGUUUCUGUAUACAUGAAUUUUCUUUUCAUGUUUUGUACUUUAGCUUUUUCAACUUUACAAAAGUAACAGCAUUUCUUUGAAAAGACUUCUUUUUUUCAUAACGUCUGAAGUGAAUGUACAGAAUACCAAACCCAUUUUUCACACAGUGAGUGUGUGACACAAUAAAAGAAAUUCUCUAAA